AUGGCUCCGAACGGUGAAACAAACCAUCAAAUCUUAACAACUUCUCAUACCGAUCCAUCCUCAUAUAAAAAUAACGAUGACCGUUUACAUGUCUAUAUCAAUAAUCAAUGGUAUGAUUUGACUCAAUGGCAAAAUAUACAUCCAGGCGGUACAGAAAUACUUCACCAUAUGAAUGGAAAAGACGCCACGGAUGCAUUCUACUCUCUACAUAGUGAUGAAGCCAUUAAACGAUUAUCACAUUUAAAACCAUGUUCAUCAGCCCAUGUUCAGUAUGCAUUACCAUACAUAGAAGCCGAUGGCGUCUCAACGUCAUUUCGAAAAUUACGAGAAAAAUUAAUCAAUGAAGGAUAUUUUAAUCGAUCGAUCUUUUGGGAGUUAUUUUACCAUAUAUCCGUUUAUACUCUAUGUUUACUCGGCACAUUUUCAUAUUUUUACUUGGGUUCCAAACUUUUAGCUAUUCUCUUAAUUGGCUUCGGUAUGCAACAAGCUGGCUGGAUUGGUCACGAUUAUGCGCAUGGCAGAGGAACAUGGAUGCGAUGGUUAUGCCGAACAUUAUCAGGUUUUGUUAAUGCAUUUAGUCCAACUUGGUGGUCACAUAAACACAAUACACAUCACGUCUUCACAAAUAACCUCGGUAUCGAUAUGGACGUGAACAAUGAUCCUAUAUUUCAUUUGUUUUUUCCGAAAAAAGAAAACGAUGUUUGGUUUCGAUCUUAUCAACAUAUCUAUUUUAUUCCGGUCUAUUCCUUAUUAUAUUUAAGUUGGCGAUGGCAAUCGAUCCAAUACUCAUUCCAUACAGCCAAUUAUCGUGAAUUGCUCUUAAUGUUACCGAGUUACAUAUGGCUCUACUCACUUGGUUGGCAAGUUGCUCUUGGCUCUGUUCUCCUUGGUGGAUUUUUAGUCGCUGCUAUCGUUACAGCAACACAUCAAAGCGAAGAAAUGCUCACUGAUUCGAAUCAUUCGUUUGUUGAAACACAGUUCCUAACAACAUGUGAUGCUCAAUGUGACAACUUCUUCAUGGAAUGGUUGUGGGGCGGAAUGCAGUAUCAACUCGAACAUCAUCUGUUUCCAACAAUGCCCAAAUAUAAUUAUACGCGUGUGAGACCAAUUGUUAAACAAUGGGCACAAGAUAAUGGCAUUGAGUAUCGAUCUGAAAAUGUUUGGUCGAUUUGGCGUCGAAAUUAUCAAACAUUAAAAUAUUUUUCCAAAGCCUGUAUGAACUAA